ACACGGUCCUCCUGCCUCACUCACACCGCCUCCACUCCUCCUUUAUAGCCAGCUUCCUGCCACACUCACCGAUCGUUCCUCCCGUACGUGCACCUGGGCAUGGAGACCGGCACGGCGGCGGCGGCUGAGUCCACGCGCCGGAUCCUCCUCACACUAGCAGCUUCCUUCUUCCUCUGCUCGCUGCUGCAGGGCGCUCCGCGCGCGCUCGCCUCCGGGACGCAGCAGUCGUCGUCGUCGGGGUACAUCGUGUACCUCGGCGGCCGCUCCCAUGGCCUCGGCGUGUCGACAGAGGCGGUCACCGAGUCGCACUACGACAUCCUUGGCUCCGUCUUAGGAGACCGUGAGAUGGCGCGCAACGCCAUCUUCUACUCCUACACCAAGAACAUCAACGGCUUCGCCGCCAACCUCGAUCCCGGCGUCGCCGCAGCCAUCGCCGAGCGCCCCGACGUGGUCUCGGUGUUCCCUAACAGAGGCCUCACGAUGCAGACGACGAGGUCCUGGGAGUUCCUUGGUCUCGAGAGAGCCGGCGAGGUCCCGAAGUGGUCGGCGUGGGAGGUGGCCAGGUACGGCGAGGACGUCAUCAUCGGAAACCUCGACUCGGGCGUGUGGCCGGAGUCGCUCAGCUUCAACGACGGCGAGAUGGGAGCGAUUCCGGACACCUGGAAGGGGAUCUGCCAGAACGAGCACGACCCCCAGUUCCAAUGCAACAGCAAGCUCAUCGGGGCGCGCUACUUCAACAAGGGGUACGCGUCGGCGGCCGGCGCGCCCCUCGGCGACAGGCAGAACACGCCGCGAGACGACGACGGCCACGGGUCGCACACGCUGGCCACGGCGGGCGGCUCCUCCGUGCGCGGCGCCAACGCCUUCGGCUACGGCAACGGCACGGCCAGGGGCGGCUCCCCGCUCGCGCGCGUGGCGGCGUACCGCGUCUGCUUCACCCCGGAAGUGAACGACACCCAGUGCUUCGACGCCGACAUCCUGGCCGCCUUCGAGGCCGCCAUCGCCGACGGCGUGCACAUCAUCACGGCGUCCCUGGGCGGCGACCCCAGGGAUUUCCUCGAGGAUGCCGUGGCCAUCGGGUCGCUCCACGCCGUCAAGGCCGGCAUCACCGUGGUGUGCUCCGCCGGCAACAACGGGCCGGACUUCGGCACCGUCAACAACCUCGCGCCGUGGGUCGUCACCGUCGCCGCAAGCACCACCGACAGGGGCUUCACGGCCUACCUCGUCUUCAACAAAACUAGGGUCGGAGGGCAGAGCCUGUCGGAGACGUCGCUGCGAGGGAAGAUGUUCUACCCCAUGAUCGUCGCCACCGACGCCGUCGCUCCCAACAGCACGGUCGAUGACGCUCGGCUGUGCAAGCUGGAAACCCUGGACGCGGCCAAGGUGAGGGGGAAAAUCGUCGUGUGUGUCAAAGGAGCCAACCGCAGGAUAGAGAAGGGCGAGGUCGUCCGGCGAGCCGGCGGCGUCGGGAUGGUCCUCGUUAACGACGAGGACAGCGGGAGCACCGUCACCGCCGACGCGCACAUCCUCCCGGCCCUGCACAUCAGCUACACCGACGGGCUCGCGCUCUUGGCCUACAUCAAAUCCACCCCGACGCCGUCUGGCUUCAUCACCAAGGCGAGGACGGUGGUCGGCAUGACGCCGGCGCCUAUCAUGGCCGAUUUCUCGUCUCAGGGGCCCAACAUCCUCAACCGGCAGAUCCUGAAGCCAGACGUGACGGCGCCGGGGGUGAGCAUCAUCGCCGCGUGGAGCGGCCAGGCGGCGCCGUCAGACCGCCCCUGGGACCCGCGCCGCGUCGCCUUCAACGCCAUAUCCGGCACGUCCAUGUCGACGCCGCACGUGGCCGGCAUCGCCGGCCUCGUCAGGACCGUCCACCCCGACUGGAGCCCCGCCGCCAUCAAGUCGGCCAUCAUGACCACCGCGACCGACCUGGACAUGGAGAAGCGGCCGAUCCUGGACCCGUUCCUGGAGAAGGCCACGCCCUUCGCCUACGGCUCCGGCCACGUCUUCCCGGCCCGCGCGCUCGACCCGGGCCUCGUCUACGACGCCUCCACCGCCGACUACCUCGGCUUCCUUUGCACGCUCGGGUACAACGCCACAGCCAUGGAACUCUUCAACGGGGUGCCCUACCAGUGCCCGGCGUCCCCCGUCGCCGUGCAGGACCUCAACUACCCGACCUUCACCAUCCCGGCCCUCGCCGAGCCGAGGACGGUGCGCCGCAGGGUCACGAACGUCGGCCCGGCGCAGCAAACCACAUACACGGCCGCCGUCGUGGAGCCCGUGGGGGUGCAGGUGACGGUGACGCCGCCGACGCUGGCGUUCGGGGCAGUGGGCGAGGAGAAGGAGUUCCACGUGACCUUCGCGGAGAAGGUCCCCGUCGUGCCCAGGCCGGAGGGCGCCGGCGGGUACGCGUUCGGUGCUCUUGUUUGGUCCGACGGGACCGGCAACCACCAGGUGCGGAGUCCUCUGCUCGUCCAAAGGCCCAGGAUCGUAUGAAGAAGGUCAUAGGAUUAGGAGAUCGAGAGGUUUUUCUUUUUCUUUUCGAGCUUAGGCAGGUUUUGGUUAAUUAGGAAGUAAUCAGAUCAGAUAGGGAGAGGAAGAAAAGAAUUACUCUUGUGGUGGUUUUGGUAAUUAGCAUCUGUGGCACGUUUGAAUCCAUACAUGAUACAGCUAUUGAAUAACAUGGAUAUAAUGGAUUUA